AUGUCCAUCACGGCAGACAUAGUCACUCGUCGUCCGUAUGGCCAUAGCUGCAACUACCUUGACGAGAGUGGCUUCAAUAAAAAGUGGAAAGAUGCAGUGUUGGGCACCGUGGCCAGUCGUCUUCUCUUUCGACAGUUUCCCUUGCUCAAUGUGCUGACAGCCCUUCCGCUGUCGUUGCUGGUGAAGCUGAACCCAGGCAUUGCAGAUAUGAAACAGCUGUUCCGCCAGCUCUCGAUCCAGAAAGUCAACACGGAUACAAGCAGGAAAAACGAUUCCAAACCCAUUUUUGACGGCGUGAAUAACCCCGAUAUACCCCCAGACCAGCGAACCUCAGACCAUCUUCUGCACGAAGGCCGUAAGAUGCUCAUAGCCGGCACAGAGAUGACAGCAAAUGCUCUCACCACCAGCCUGUGCUAUCUUGUGUUGCCAGAGUACCAGGCUGCUCUAUCCAAUCUAUGA